AUGUUAUCGUUUUCUGUUGGAAAGAAAAUUGUUUUAGAACAAAUUUCUCAAUAUCCUCCUCAAUUUAUACGACUAGUUGGUCAGGAGCAGCAUCAAAAAAUCAACCGCUGGUUCGCGUUCACUCAGCAUCCAAUUAUAUAUUGGCACAUCCUCGUGUUUUUUAUCAUCAAAGAACGUCAAUUGAAUUGGAGUCGUAAAACUACAUGGACAACAGCUAGAAAUUUGCUGUAUGAAAGUGCACUUGUUGAAGAGCUAUGUCCACGUUAUCAAAAGUUCUUGAAUGCGAGCCAUACUAAUGGAGAUGAAUUAAUUAUCGCUCGUCAUUUUCGUUCUCUUCUUAACAUUCAACAAGUUUCGAAUAAUAGGACUAACAUUGAUCCGUGUUUUAUACUUUUUGAUACGUUUCUUCUUUCUGUUUCACCAGCAAUUGGUGUUAUUGUAGGUAUGAUGAUACUGAUUCUUUUCGAUGGUCUCCUUACGCAAGUAGUCUAUCAUGUGGAUGCUAUGUUUAAUGCUUUUCAUCGUGAUGCUCUUGAUUUUUUACUUCCGUGUUGUCCUCGAUAUAGUGCAAGUUCUUGGUGGAAAAGUCAGGCCAUCCUUAUCUAUCGAUCGUUAUGUUUAUAUGGACAUGUUAUUCAAUUUAAUGCAAUUCAAAUUAGUGCACAAAAACAUCGUGUCUAUCCACGUGAUAGUGAUCCAUGGAAGAUAGAUCAAGAUAUGAAUUUGGUACCACUAGCAGUUGCUUCCUUACAAACUUAUAUGAAAAUAGAACAUAUUGUUAGCGCUCUUGUUCUUCGACAUUAUAGCGGGAUGGCCAUUGAAAUCAAUCAGUGA